CAAAAAUAAAUCAAUCAAGUGGUUCGUGCUAGUGUUGCGUUUCACUUUCAUGUCUGAGAGACUCUGAUGUUUCACCUGAAACUCUGAUAAUCGGAGGAGAGAGAAAAUUUCAAUCCAGAAAAUCCCCCAGAAAACUCCAUUAUUUAUUUAUUCUCCCUCAAUAGUUAAAUUCUUUAAUUUUUUUAUUUGAAAAUAAAAUUUUAAGGGAUGAUCUCAGCAUCGAGUUCAAACUGGCUAGACCGGCUCCGGUCGUCGCGAGGUUUUCCGACCGGAGAAGAACCGGAUCUCGACCGAAUUCUUUCCUCUUCAAGCUCAGGCUCAGCUCCCACUGCCGAUUCAGUUAAUAACUCGGUGUCGACUCAGUCGCAGGCGGUGGCGAUUCCGGUUCGCUUGAGGAGAGAUAAACCAGCGGAGUGCGGCACAUCCUCUGGGGAAUUCGCCGGAGUACUAUGCGACCUCUUCAAUAUGGGGGGAGAGUGUUCCAGAAGUUUCUCGAAGAAGAGCUCUCGGAAGCAGGCAAACCCUAGGUUUUGCGGGGCGAGUUCCGAGAGCGAGUUACCGAGUUCGUCGGACGAUUUAAGGAGAGAGAAAAGCGAUAAUGGAGGCUUCGUAUCUAGCGGUGACACCAGCUUGAAUGAGAGGAGAGAUAAUACUAAUACUAAUAAUAACACUAACAAUAAUGGUAAAGUUAGGGUUGAUGAUUUUGACGAAGGGGAAGAAGACGUGGAUUUGAAAGCGUAUUCUAGAAGCGAAGUGACGAUAAUUGAUACGAGUUUCGAAGAAUGGAAGUCGGAUAAAUGGGUGUUUAGGAAGAAUGAUGAGUGGAAAAUCAAAGAGAAGAAGAGUAAAUGUAAAUCCAGGGUUUCUGCUGGGAAGAAGAGGAAAUUAUUGGUUACUAAUUUAGGGGAUAACAGUAAAUUAGACGAUGAUCAGCUGAAGAAGAAGAUGAAGAUGAAGGAAGCUGAUAACUUAUUGCAACCAAAUAAAGGACAACCCCAGAAUGACAAAGAAAGAAGACCUACUCAAAAAAGAGUAGAUUUUCCGGGGAAAGGACCUCAAAGAAGGUUUCCUUGUCCGAGACCACCCGAGAAAUCCAGAAAUGAAAGCUCACCAGUGAUCCUCCUGAAAUCGAUUCCGUCUAGCAAUAUCAAUGCAGCCAUGAAAGUAGGCAAGAGCUUUCAAAAGAAGCAUCCGAAACAGAUGAAGAUUGUAUGAGCAAGUCCUACAUGAAUCCUCAACGCAGGAAUGCCGACAAUCUGUAAUUCUUUUGCAUUACAAGUGCAAAACAGCGGGGUUGCAGGGUUAUCUAGAUCAGAAAGAUGGAACGUGUGGUCAAAUUCGACUUGGCGUUGGCGACCUGGGUGCCGGGUCCAUAUGCUUCUUGUGUCAAAGAUUGUAAAUGGUGGCGACCCGGGUGUCGGGUCCAUAUGCUUCUUGUGUCAAAGAUUGUAAAUUGUAUCACAGUUUUGCUGUAUUGAUACAUUAAAUUCUUUGCACAUUACUUAAUAUCAAAUCCCAUUUUUUAUACGAAGAUUUCUUAAAAGUUUUCGUUGAGACCAUAAUGAAUUUAUGAUAAAAUCAGCCCCAAGGUAUGGUAGAUGAUAUUUUAUGUCAUUUUCUCAACCUUGGUUAAUGUACUUGUGUUCUUGUUUUAAAUUAUAAUACAAUUAUACAAACUUAUAUCA